UUCCCAAACUGUUUGUACCGCUCUGCUCGGUUUGGUUUCUCCGAGUCGAAAUUUUUAUUUACGUUCGGCAUUUUGCGAGGUUUUAAAGACUACAUUUUCUGUUACGAUGGCGCAUGGAGAGGAUCGGCACAGUCUGAAAGCCAAAUUUGCUGCUUCGGUCAAAGUGAUUAGGAGUCUACCUAAAGAAGGUCCCUUCCAGCUGUCAGAUGACAUGAUGCUGAUGUUUUAUAGUUACUAUAAGCAAGCCACCGUAGGGCCUUGCACCAUUACCAGACCAACUGGGUUCUGGGAAUCACAUGGAAAAAACAAAUGGGAUGCCUGGAGCUCUUUAGGAAACAUGACGAAGGAGGAAUCCAUGAAGAAUUAUGUUGAAAACAUCCAGCUGAUUUUGGAGACAAUGCCAGUAUCCAAUGAAGUUUCUGACUUGGUGCAGAAGCUUGGGAACUUCUACAUAGAAGAAGAGGAUGGGGGUGAAGAGAAUGAGGAGAACAGGAGACCUUUCACAAGACCUUAUGCAAAGCAAGCAGUGCUGGACUAUCCCCCCAAAACUGCAAUGGAAGGCUUUGGAGAUCUGUGGGAUGAUAUACAAAACUUUGAAGAAGAAUGUGGCAUGAGUUUUAAUGGAAAGGUGGCAGUAGGAUACGAGGAUGGUAGUGAAUAUCUCAGAAAUGAUGGCGUGGUGGACAAAAACAAUAUAGAUGAAGACGAGGCAAAAAUACAAGAGUGGAGCUCUGAGCCAAGACUGCAGGACGCAGGUUGGAGGUGUUACACCAGAGGUUCUAGCAGCAGUGUGGAGCCUAGCACGUCAUCUUUGACCCACAGCUCCCUCAAUAGUGAAGUGGAGGAGGAAGAGCUGGCCUACUCUAAAGAAUGCAGCACAUGCAACCCCAUCCACACACAGAUAACUGAAUGCUAUGAAGUUUCGAACAACUAUGACUUAAAAGACUCCGAUAAUGAGGAAUUCUGUGAUUCUAUGGAUCAUCCAGCCAUGGAGAAGAUUCUGUCUCUUUCAAAUCCACGAUUGGGUGGAUCAACAUCUGCUUUGGGGAAGGAGCAAGAUCUUUGGUUUGAGAGCUCAUCCACCCUUAGUGCAGACCAUCUGCGACAAGCUGAUUCUUACCAUGAAGAAUCCUAUAUAUUUGUUAGAGAGUCUCAGCCACCAAAGACUGCUUGGAGUUCUCAGCUAUGUUUGCCUACCUGUGACAGCGCGUCACGGUGCACACGCCACAGCCGUGCUUCUUGGGAGAAUAUUAAUGAGCAGAUAGUUGCUGCUCUUUUGAGAUUGCAAGAUGACAUGACCAACGUAUUGCAUCGUCUGAACACAUUGGAAGGGCUCUCUUUGACACAGUCAAGGUCAUCACCAAGAUGUUCGGAUGCUCUACCUGUAGUGCAGAAGCAGUUUUUGACACCGUCAUGGUGGCCUUUUAACCAUUCUCCAGUUACCGUGGUGAUGACAGCACUAUGGCCUGCAGUUGCUUAUGGUUUGGUCCAGAUGUACUCACGACAAAAGAAACGGAAUAUCCCUUGAAAUGCUCCUUGUAUUUAAAAUUGACCUCUGAGUUGGCAGGUGAAGCAUCACGGAGGAAGUGAAUAUGAAGAAAAAGCAAAAAUCUGAGCAGAUUGAGUGUUUGACAAACCACCACUCCCUCUCAGCACAACUGUACGUUUUUGCAUAAUUGAGGAACCAAGAACAAUCUACAAUUUAUUUCAUUUUGUCUCAAAGGAUUUUUUUGUACUAGAGGAUAACCUGUUAUUUAUUAUUUAAUAAAAACCAUGAUACUGAGACAUUUGUAAACUAGUAUUUGAGAGUGUUAUAACACUCAUGACCGAUCCUGGUCCAGCAUCUUUAUUUAUUUAUUUAUUUAAUUUUCAUUUAUUUAAAGUAAUUGGACAUGUCCCAGGGUUGAUUCCCAAAAUUCUUGGUUUCGGACAGGCCAGCUGGGUAGAUUUAGGGUUUUCUUGAAGACCAACACUGAUCCGCUAUUCUUAAAGUUUAUUAAUCUGACAAUAAAGAGAAGCCUUUGGGACACAGCAAAUGCAUGAAAUUCUUGUAUAACCAACUUUCCAACACACCUGAAAAUGACUGAAACCUUAUAAAGGUAAAAAAUAAACAUUUCAGAUUUUCUCCGUCUUGGUCUUUGUCUUUGACUUCCAAAAGUCUGGGCUGUCUCCCAAGUCUCAAUUCUGGUCUAGGCAAGUCUUGGUCUCAAAUAGUGUGUUCUUGACCACAACAGUAAGACUUGAAUUUGAAAAUGGCGUCAUGUUCAAUGUAAGACAACAAAUUCGAUUUACAUGUAGUGUUUUACAUCACAUACAGUAUUAUCAUACACGUGCACAGUAAACAAGGCAACAACAAAGACUAUUUUCACAUAAAAUCUACAUUCAUAAAGCCAAGAUUAUUUUCCCCAAUGCAACAAUUACUGUUAAAUCUUGGAUUUAGGUCUAAGGCCUUUUAGUAUGGCAUAUGUUGUUCCUAUGCUUGCAUUGUUUCUCUAGCAUCCUAGGAAUGGGCUUCCAUAUUGCACAGUUAAAACACAUGAUGGGUUAAUUUUCGAUUUACAGGUGUGAAUGUGAGUGUACUGUAAUGAUUAGGAUUUUUUUUUUUUUUACUUG